AUGCUGGCUGUGAAGACCCUCUCGGUGCUACUGGUGUGCCUGUUCCUGGCCAUGGUGCUCGGAGAGAAGGCCGAGGGUCCCUCCAGAUUCCACCCGAAGGUGCGUGACCCCCAAGCUCGGGGCCCCAGGUACGCUGAAGGGACUUUCAUCAGUGACUACAGUAUCGCCAUGGACAAGAUCCGCCAGCAGGACUUCGUGAACUGGCUGCUGGCACAGAAGGGGAAGAAGAAUGACUGGAAACACAACCUCACUCAGAGGGAGGCCAGGGCCCUGGAGCCAGCCCAGCAAUCCAACUGGAAGGAGGAGGCCAGCAGUGAGGUGCAGGGCUCCCCACACCAGGACUCCAGCGAUGAGGGUCUGCUGAAGGACUUGCUGCUCCGAGAGCUGUUGGCUUGUGUGAUGGACGAGACGAAGCUCUGCAGGCUGAGGUUCCAUGACUAA